GCAGCCAGAAACCAACUUCUCCCGGCGCGCCCAGGCGCAGCUCUGCCUCCAGAGGUCGGCUGGCCUCGCUCCGGUUCCAGAGCCGCAGCUCCUUCGGAGGCGGCUCUUGCACCCUGGGUCCGAGAAGGAGCUACGCCGCCGUGCCUGUCUCUUGGGCCCCUUCGCCCACCGCCAGCCCCGUUCUCGACGCCGGCCCCACUCGCCCCCCUCCCCUUAUGCCCGGCUGUGCCAAGCGAUGACUCUGAGCUCGGAGAUGUCCGAUGUCGCCUCCGCCUUGGCCGAAGAGACAGACAUCGAUGUGGUCGGGGAGGGAGAGGACGAGGAGGAGGAAGAGGAGGAGGAGGAAGAGGAGCCCCUCCGUCGGCGGCCUUAUGAGGAAGAGGAAGAGGAGGAGGAAGACGAGGAGAUCGCGCUGCUGCCCAGGUCUCCGCGGGCGGGCGCGCCAGGGGGGUCCCCCGGCUCCGGGUCGCCCUCUUCCUCUUCUUCCUCCUCCUCCUCCUCUUCCUCCCAGCAGGGCCCUUUCAGGGCUGCCGGAGGAGCGGGAGGCGGCGGAGGCAGCGGCGGCGGCAAGAACAGCCUGGUGAAGCCGCCCUACUCCUACAUCGCGCUGAUCACCAUGGCCAUCCUGCAGAGUCCCAAGAAGCGGCUGACGCUGAGCGAGAUCUGCGAGUUCAUCAGCGCCCGCUUCCCUUACUACCGCGAGAAGUUCCCCGCCUGGCAGAACUCCAUCCGCCACAACCUGUCGCUCAACGACUGCUUCGUCAAGAUCCCCCGCGAGCCGGGCAACCCGGGCAAGGGCAACUACUGGACACUGGACCCGGAGUCGGCCGACAUGUUCGACAACGGCAGCUUCCUGCGCCGCAGGAAGCGCUUCAAGAGGCAGCAGCUCCAGGCGCCCGACCUGCUCCUGCGCGGCCUCGAACCCGCCGCCUUCCUGCAAGCGCAGCAGCCGCAGCCCCAGCCGCCGCCGCCGCCGCCGCCUGCCCAGCAGCACCAAGGGCCGCCGCCUGCCUCUGCCUACGCCUACGGGCCCUACAGCUGCGGCUACGGCCUUCAGCUCCAGCCUUACCACCCUCACUCGGCUCUCUUCGCCUUCCAGCCGCAGCACCAGGCCCGGCAGCCUCCGCCCGGGUCCGUCUUGCCGGCGGCCCCGCCUUCCCUCCUCCCCGCUCCGGCGGGCGCUGACUUGGCCAGUAGGACUAGCAGCUUCAGCUACCCGGCCCAUCUCAGCCCUUCUCUGACUGCCUCCUUGCAUGCUGCCGCCGCCGCCAAAACCAGCUCGGCCCUGUCCAGGUCCCCUUUCUCCAUCGAGAGCAUCAUCGGGGGCAGCUUGAGCCCCGCCGCGGGGAGCAGCUGCGCCUCCCAGUCCGCCGUGCUCCCGGUGCUGGCGAGAUCUUUGAUGGCCUCCUCGCCUUUGCCUUCUUCUGUCGCUUCGUCGUCCGCUGCUGCUGCCGCUGCUGCCGCCGCCGUUGCUGCCGCCUCUUUAGGGACGCUGCACCAAGGAGCAGCCUUGGCCAGUGUCGAAAACUUUACUGCUAGGAUUUCCAAUUGUUAAUUGUCUUGCCGAAGGAAGGUAGGAUCUGCGCUCCCUUGUUUUGAUUACCGCCCCUCCGCCCUCCAAGAGAGACCUUUUCUAGGCAGAUAUCUCGAUUGGUUUGCUCUCGGCCCUUCCGGUUUGCUCUUCUUCAGUACCUCUAUUUAUGCAAAGCCAUUUCUAUAUGCUGCACAGACAGAAAGACAAAUGGCAAAGGAGUGGUCCUUAAUUCUUUCCUUUAAACCCCACUCACUCAUUAAGACAAAAUCUCUCAAUCAUUCCACUUCAGAGAUUCUUGGGUCCAGGGAUUAAAACAACAACAAAAAACUCCAUAUACAUACAGAAUGAGGAAAGAAAAUGUUGAAGGACAGUCAAACACCUUCUUUCAUUGUAGUCUUAUGUACUUUAUAUAUGAAAAGAUUAACAUGUUUACACAGAAGAAAGUGGAGAUUAUCAUUUCUUAUUUUAACCUGCAGUUUUUUGUUUUUGUUUUGUAUCAUAAUAGGCUUAUGGAGUUUUUCUUUUAUUUUGUACUUUAUGCAUAUUCUUUACCAGGAAUAUUGUUAAGAUUAUGGGCAAGUGAUAUUAUUCCACCCUCAUUGUAAAAAACAAAACAAAACAAUUUUAACAUUUUUUAAAAAUCAAUUGAUUUCCAAAAGCAUAAAUAGUACCAUUGGCUUUAGGCCUUCAAAUCAUUAGUGCUUUUGUCCUGUGAACUUUUCAUAUAUGCUUUAUCUAGAAUACUUGGUCUUCUGAAGAGUGUUGAUUCCAGGUUAGAUGAAUAAUCUGGUAUUGCAGAGAUAGAGCAAAAAUACUUUUUCAGCCAAGUAACUCACAGAAGCAUCCACAACCUGUCUAAACUGAAGAAUCUGCACAUAAGUCUUUUGGACCCCAUAGAAUUCAAUGGGAUUGGCACCCCACACAUGCAGGCUUAUUAGGAUGCAAGCCACACCCCUACCCCACUUUCUUCCAUUUGGAUUUCUAAAUAAGUACUCAGGAUCGCGGCCAUCUUGGAAGUUCCGUUUGCAACCAAUGGGACUUUCUUUCUAGUAAAAUAUGAUGCCAAUCGGCUUAAAUUUUCUACCAUACUUAAACUUCACCCACUCAUGGAUGAAACUGUUAUGAUAUGUCAAGCGGUGAAAAUAUGAUCUUCAAGCCUCUGUGAAUAAAAAUACAUGAACCAAAGAAAAAGCAACUCUUUUGGUGAUGGAUAACUUCAGCUUUCUGCAGGUUAUAAUCUUCUAUAAAUACAACUUUUUGUAUCUGAAUAAAAUAAUUUUAGAUUCUUU